UGGCUUUGACACUGAAGCCAAAUCUGACCAUAUCACAAAUAAUAUGUCUGAAACAUUUAAUAGUUGGCUUGGAGAAGGUCGGGAGCUGCCUAUUCUCAGUUUGUUGGAGUUGUAUCGAAGAAGAAUAAUGAAGAGACUUUAUAGUAGGCUGAAGGCAGGGACUGAAUGGGUCACUCCAUUGCCCCCACUUGUUGUUAAAAAAUUGAACAAAAGUAUUGAGACAGCUCGAAAUGUCUCUAUUUCAUAUGCUGGACUGCAAGAGUUCGAGGUGAUUGAUAUGAAUGGUAUUCCAAGCAGAACAUACACCUUGAAUUUGGACAAAAGAAUCUGUGAUUGUGGGAUGUGGCAGCUGUCUGGGAUUCCCUGCCAACAUGCAAUCUGCUCAAUAUUGCACAUGAACUUCCCUACCAUUGAUAAGUUUGUAGAUGACAGGUUGCAAAUUUCAGCAUAUAUGAGAACAUAUGCUGAAAUUAUUCAUCCUAUUCCAGACAAGAGAACCUGGCCAGAGGAAUGUGAAGAUAAGCUGCAACCACCUGUUAGGCAUGGCAAAGCUGGCAGGCCCAGAAAGGCUAGGAGGAAAGACCCCACUGAAGAGAGAAAGAGAAAACCUGUGUCUACACUUAGGUGUAGUCACUGCCAUGAAUUGGGGCACAACAAAAGGUCCUGCCAAUACAAUCCAAACAAUGCAGGAAGACCCAAAAAAAAGAGAAGAACAAUCCCAACCAUGGAAAGCCAGUCAGCUAAAAGUCAGUUUGGUUCAUCUUCUUCCUCACAGCAUCCAGAGUCACAGAUACAAUGAAACUGGGGAUUUCCCUUAUGUAAAUUUUUUGGAUAAUUGCUCAAUUGCUCAGUUAUAAAUUUUUUGGAUAAUUUUUUGGUUCAUCUUCUUCCUCACAGCAUGUAAAUUUUUUCUAUAGCUCAGUGAAAUGUUCUCUGCAUGUAAAUUCUUUGGAUAGCUCAGUGAAAUGUUCACUGUAAGUAUUCUGUGUAUUCUGUGUUAAUUUAUAAAUUAGUGCAUAUGAGGAGUAUUCUGUGUGUG